GUAUAUAUUGCUUCAGAAAUCUGUCAGAUUUGGUUCUUGUUCAGGUAUGUACUGCUUCGUGUAUUCCUUUAUUUUAUGCAGCCACAUAACUUUAACAAUUCAUAAUUGAAUGGCGACAUCAACAGAAGUAAUGAAAUACAAAGUUAAAAAAAGAAAAGAAAUUGCAGCUGUAUGACCGUUGUCAAUGUAAUUGUACAUGACAUAUCCCAUAUAAAAAUCUCACUCGAUAUUUUUAAUUGCUGAAUAAAUUAUCAGUUAAUCAUAUUUGUUCCCAGUAAAAUGCAUAGAAUUCUUUAUCAUAUUUUUUAUCAUUCCCUGCUGCAAUAUGCUAUAACAUCGAAUGUUCUGGUACUGUUUUUCAUCUGGACUCUAGAAUAUGAGUCGGAGUGAGCCCUCUGUAGUUCCUCUUCCUCUUUGACGGUACGUGAAGGCCUGCGUAGCAUCUGCCCCGCCCCACUUCUAUAAAUACCCACCCUCUCCUCUCUAGAAAGUGCUUUACUUGCGGGAUGUGCUGACAGAAGACUUUUCCUUUUAUCCCACUAAAAACGCCCAUUUUCUUUUGACUUGUGUUUUUGACAUCCGGUAUGGAGCUCGACCGCCGGCUGCUGCUGAUCCACUGCGCCGCUCACGCCCUCUCGGUGGCGGCGGGACUGCUGGUGGUGGUCCCGAUGGCUCUUAACGGCUCGGCUUUCAAAGGCCGCUGCGCCCUCUUCUCCACCGGCUACUGGAGAAAAGAAGACCGGGCAGAGUUUACGGAACAGCCCGGGGAGAUGUCUCACCUGGUGGUGCAGCGGUGGGGCCCGCUGGAAGCCUGCCAGCUCGCCACAUUUGUGGGUAUUUUUACGACGCUUUACGGGGCUGCGCAGGGCUGGAGGUGCCUCUUCUAUCUGCACGGACGGCAUGACGAUACCCUGUUCUCAUCCUUCCUCACGGUCUUGCUCAGCGUCUGUGUGCUCUUCCUAUCUGCGGGGGCCAGCGUCAUUUUGUCUCUGGGAUUCAGCUCUUGGUGCGACACGGUCACCGAUGACAACACGCGUCCCUAUAGUUGUGCAGAGUCCCAGUCUGUCCCUCUUUACCUGGAUGUUGACACGUCUACUUUCUUCACAGAUCUCAGUCUGGCUCAGGCGUCUCUGUGGUUUGUGACGGCCCUGUGGCUGGUUCAGUCCAUCCUGGCCUUCCUACGGCUCUUCCACUCCCACAGGCAGAACAUCACUGGGCCUUGGCUACACCGAGACAAGGAGCUGCUGCUGGGAUGCACUCCCCUCGACAGCAGCUCCCCGACGCCUCCUCUUCCCCCUGCGACCCCAACCGUCUGCGUCUGACAGGGAGGAAGUGAGGUAGUGACGCAGCUCCUCACAUUUGAUGUCACAGUUUUAAACUUCAUUUUGUUCAUUUUGACCGCUCAUAAUGUCCACUUUGCACGUCUUACUGUUUACAUGCCUCAUCUUAUUCAGCAGAGCCUGACUUUUUAAAUUAUAUUAUCUAUGACGAAGCAUCAAGAAACUGCAGUAGGGAAAUGCCAAAGAUACAGUUUGUCAUUAUUACCUUUAUUUUUCUGAGAGAUCCAUCUAAACAAGAUUAUGAAAUGUACAAUAAAGCAUAGGAAUUAUCUAGUUUAAAGGGAACUGUGGCUUAAAAGGAAAAGCUAAAUGCUUAAAUUGAAAAUUUGAAAACAUAUUUGGACCAUUUUACUCAUUAAAACUUCUGGUGAUUUUCUGCCAGCUUUACUUAAGAUUUGCGUUUUAAUAAAAAAAAAAAAACAUUAUUUGUGUGACAGUCUUACCAAGAUGGAUCAAAAUGUGAUUUGGAGUAAGACGUAGUUUAUUUCAGAAAAUCUAUGUUCAGCCACAUGUUGUUUUUUUUUAACCUGGUAACCUAACUGGCUAUAAAACCAAUGAUUUGCAGUCUUUCUGAUAAAUUGGGUAAAUUACCUAAUUAGAACAUAUUUUUUAUAUAUGGUGGUCCUCAAACAUCAGCAGCACCCUUGAUUUAAAAACCCAGGUUUUUGUGAGGUGUAAAAAGGCUAUGAUAAAUAAUUUACAAACUGUCUUUGAAAAACAAUCAUUUGUAAAAAUUUAACUGGAAAAAAAGCACCUCACUUUAUGUUAUCUACCUGCUCAACCUGGUAAAACUUCUCCAAAUAUAUUAGAAUUUGAGGAAAUUUGUUGCUCACAACCCCCUUUGAUUUAUAUGUCAGAUCUUUACUUUGGCUAGGUUAGUCCAAACCAUUAAUCUUGCUUUUAUGAAGUUGUCUUGACUUGAAAAAUAAAAACCCUGUUCACAUUCAACUUUCUAGCAGACUCUGGAAGGGUUUUGGUAAAAAGUUAAUUGAUGUUUGAAACAGUUUAUGAUUGGACAAAAAGUCUAGUUCCAUCUUGAUAACAAUGCUUCACAAUGUUUUAUUUUUUUUAACUGUGGUCUAAAGUUCAAUAGUUUUUAUUAACUCGUUUCUUCACAAGGUUUAGGGAUAUUUUUGUCAUUUCUUGUAUGUUUUAUUUGAAAUACAAGGCUUCAGUCUUGCAGCCCUACACUUUAGUGCAAAACAGAACAUUGUUGUCACAUAAAGAGCACAACAAAUGCUUGAUAGAUUCCUGCAGCUCCUUCAAUGUUGCUGUCAUUCUCUCGGCACCAGUUUUUGUGACGUUACUGUGUCCCUUAUGUUCUUCAACAGUUUCUAUCUGUUUUUACUGUGAAAAUGUAUAUAUAUUUAUAUAGUGCUGUGGAUCGUUUUUCACAUUUCACCUGACUGAUGAGGCCUUUGCAUGAUAUUUUUGCUCUUCUAAUAAAUUUGUGCAAAACUGCUUAGUAAGAGACAAGUCACCUGGCAUUUUAACUGGGGUGUGUGUAUAGUUUUGACUCGCUGUGUAGAGGAGACGAGCUCAAAGACUGCAAAAACAGAAGGGAAUUCUAGUCUAACAUUAAAAUGCUGUGAGAUAAAUUUGAUGGAAACAACUAAUAAAAUAAAUAAAAUUUUUCAGGUUUCAGUCCUAAAAAAGACUUUUUCUCAAAUUGAAAGGAUUCGACUUCUUUAAUCAGAAAUGCUUUAAUAGGCCAGUGAUCUAAUCGGUGUUAUUCAGAACAUUUACUGUGCUUUGUUUUAUUUAUUUAUGUUACUGAUAAUGCAUCAUGAUGGGAAUUUUUGGUUAUUUAAAAAGCAUGGUUGUUUACAUUUUUCCUGGAGUCCAACAUUUUGCACAGUUGUGUCCUCAUCAGGGAUGAAAAAAAGCUUCUGUUUUAUUCAAAUGAAGCACUGGGAUGGUUUUAUUGUGAGCAAGAGGUUCCUGGAAAAGGGCUCACUGUGUGAGCCUGACCUGAAUGUUCCAUUGUGUGCGCACCACUGAGCCUCUCUGCUCCUGUGACGACUUUUAUGAUGGUGCUGUUUGUGUGGACGGAGCUGCUCUCUGGAUCUCCUCCGAUCUGCUUUGCUGAUCCGUGGUAGUUUUGAUACAGAGAAUGACGAUGAAAAGAAAAAAAGUUGCAGGCUUUUCUGAGGUUUUCUGUUUAAAUUGCUUUUUGUGGAUGACCAGAGCAGCUGUAAUGAAACACAAACAGUGGAGCUGGAAGUCUGAAGUAAAGAGAGAUCAGCUGGUGUUGCCGUAUGAAGCUAUUUAUAAAAUGGUUUUUGUAUUGGAAUUGACUGUAGUUCUGUCUGUUCUCAUUCAUCAUGGUUUUGCAUUUGUCCUUUUAUUUAAAUAAAAUUCUUGCUCUUA